AUGGCCUGCUGUGGCCAUUUCUGCGGCUACAGGAACAGUCCUAUGAAUGUGAAUGAAAAUGUGCUUGGAGAUCCACAAGAUUCCUUGGACUCAUUUGGAGUUGCCUUACAGGACAGAGAAAGAAUGGAGACCCAACCUUCAGGAAGUGAAUUAACUGGAAAAGGCCCUCCUGCUGUUCAGCCUGGCAGGUGUGGGAAGUUCUGGGCAAGAACUGGGCAGGAGAUCCUGGAGGAGGAAACCAUCCGUUCAGAAGGUCAGCCCUGGGAGUUCAGGAGCAUCCGGUAUCAGGAGGCUGAGGGUCCCCGAGGACUUUGCAGCCGACUCCACUACGUUUGCAGUCGAUGGUUGAGACCGGAAAAGCACACAAAAGCGCAGAUGCUGGACCUGGUUGUCCUGGAGCAGUUCCUGGCCCUCCUGCCCCUGCAGAUGGAGAGCUGGGUGCGGGAGUGUGAGGCAGAGACCAGCUCCCAGGCGGUGGCCCUGGUGGAAGGCUUCCUCCUGAGCCAGGCGGAGGAGCAGAAGGAGCAGGUGAGAGACCUUCACGUUGGGAGCCAGAAGGGGUUUGAAUGGAAUGAUAACCCCUCCCUACCAGAGUUCUCUGGCAUUCAUAAUAUGUGGAGAUGUUUCACUCAUUCUUGUAGGACCUUGUUCCGUUAA